AUGUAUAUACUAGUGGAUGUACUAAUAAUUAUAUACUUUACUGCUAAUGCUGAAGAUCAGCAAUGCAUAGCAUAUGGAACAGAUGAACUCCUUCAUUUUUCUAAAGAGGGUGAUGUAUCCAUAGGGGGGGUGUUUUCAUUUCAUCAAUAUCCUGUUGGUAUAAAUCCAACACUGCUGGUCAACCCAGGAAAUAUGCGAUGCUAUGGGAUUGAUCCAGGGGAAUUGCAGUAUGCCAUGACAAUGAUCUUUGCUAUUGAGGAGAUUAACAAUAGCACAGAUAUCCUUCGUAACCUCACACUGGGCUACAGAAUUUAUGGUUCCUGCCCCAGCAUUCCUCUCUCUGUAAAGGCAUCGCUACUUCUCAUGAACAGGCCAGAAGUGAACAGAGAAAACUGCACAAAAUCUUAUAAUGUGCAGGCUGUGAUUGGUGAAACUACUUCAACAGCAACUAUAGGUAUUGCAAAGACCAUGGGCCCAUUUCAUAUACCAGUGAUUAGCCACUCAGCUACCUGUGCAUGUCUUAGUAAUAGAAAAGAGUAUCCAUCCUUCUUCAGGACAAUUCCUAAUGAUUAUUACCAAAGCAAAGCACUGGCAAAGCUUAUUAAAUAUUUUGGUUGGACUUGGGUAGGGGCUGUUAGAAGUCAAAGUGACUAUGGAAAUAAUGGAAUGGCCAGUUUUUUAGAUAUUGCUGAAAAGGAAGGAGUAUGUGUUGAGUACUCUGUGGCUAUAUACAGGACAGACUCAAGACAAAAGUUUCUAAAUGUGGUGGACAUUAUCAAGACAUCCACAUCCAAGGUUAUUGUAGCUUUUGCAGAUGGGAAUGACUUGGACAUCCUUAUAAAAGAGCUUUACUAUCAGAAUGUUACUGGUUUUCAAUGGGUUGGAAGUGAAGGAUGGAUUACCUACAGCUACCUAUCCAAUGCUAUAAAUUAUGCAGUUGUUGGUGGUGCAGUGGGUCUUGCUGUGCCCAAUACCAAAAUUCCUGGCUUGAAAGAGUUUAUUACAAGUAGACGACCUUCUUUAAAACCAGGUAAUACAGGUCUGGUUGAAUUAUGGGAGAGUGUGUUUGACUGCACUCUAAGACUGCCCUCACAGAUGAUAAAAAAAUCCUGCUCUGGAGAUGAGUCUCUUGAGGAUACAGAUACACGCUUUACAGAUGUGUCAGAUGCUAGCCUGCUGAACAACAUUUAUAAAGCUGUAUAUGCUGUUGCUUAUGCUGUGGAUAGGCUUUUGGGCUGUCACAAUGGAAAAGAUCUAUUUUCCAAUGGUACAUGUGCAGAUAUAGGAAGCAUAGAACCAUGGCAGGUGCUCCAUUCCCUGGCUCAGGUUAACUUUACCACUAAGAAUGGACAGAAUGUACUGUUUGACAAGUUAGGUGACCCAGUUGCACGCUAUGCCAUUGUCAAUUGGCAGAGGAAAGGUGAAACAAUAAUAUUUGAACCAAUUGGCAUAUAUGAUGCUUCUUGGCAAGAUGGCCAGGAGUUUCUAAUUAAUACCACCAGUGCAGUUUGGGCUGGGAACCAGCAUACAGUUCCUCAGUCUGUAUGUAGUGACACCUGUAUUCCAGGGACCAGCAGGGCCUUUAUAAAAGGAAAGCCAAGCUGCUGCUUUGAUUGCAUCCCUUGUGCAGAUGGGGAGUUCAGCAACACCACAAAUGCAGUGACAUGUCUCCCAUGCCCUCUUGAAUACAAAUCAAAUGGAAACAAGACACAGUGUGAACUGAAAAACAUUGAAUUCUUGAACUUUAAUGAACUCAUGGGUAUUUUGCUGAUGACAUUCUCUUUGCUUGGUGGAUGUCUUACAAUCACAGUUGGAUUAAUUCUCUUUCAUUACAGACAGACUCCUAUUGUCAAGGCCAAUAACUCUGAGCUGAGCUUCCUGUUGCUUUUCUCUCUGAGUCUCUGUUUUCUCUGUUCACUUACCUUUAUUGGCCAGCCCUCUGAGUGGUCCUGCAUGUUGCGUCACACAGCGUUUGGCAUCACAUUUGUCCUCUGCAUCUCCUGUGUUCUGGGGAAAACAGUAGUUGUGCUAAUGGCCUUUAGGGCUACACUUCCAGGAAGUAAUGUCAUGAAAUGGUUUGGUCCUCUACAGCAAAGACUCAGUGUAAUUUCUUUCACUUCCAUUCAGGUCUUCAUUUGUUUUCUUUGGUUAAUGAUUUCCCCUCCCUUUCCUUAUAAAAAUAUGAACCACUACAAAGACAAAAUUAUUUUAGAAUGUAAUGUGGGAUCAAUUUUAGGUUUCUGGGCUGUGCUAGGAUAUAUAGGUAUUCUUGCAUUCUUUUGUUUUAUUUUGGCUUUUCUAGCUAGGAAGCUGCCUGAUAACUUUAAUGAAGCCAAAUAUAUUACAUUCAGCAUGCUCAUAUUCUGUGCAGUUUGGAUAACAUUUAUUCCAGCUUAUGUCAGCUCGCCUGGCAAGUUAAUUGUAGCUGUGGAAAUAUUUGCAAUUUUAGCCUCAAGUUCUGGAUUACUCUUUUGUAUAUUUAUUCCUAAAUGCUACAUAAUUUUACUUAAGCCUGACAAAAACACCAAAAGAAACAUGAUGAUUAAAUCCCACCAAUCACUCACUUAA